AUGUCUGCUUUAAAACGUACACCAACGCGGGCACGUAGUCCACACAUACAACAAACACCGAGCCCGGCACCGUCACCAAACUAUUCUUACCCAACAACACCUACCAGCUCCACUCCACCGCGCGCAGAGACACCAAUCACACCAACUACGCCAGGAGCUAAUCGUCAGAAUGUCCAAGUCACAGUACGAGUGCGUCCCCCUAAUGACGUUGAGCUUAACCGCGGCGAGACUGAAGUUUGGGAAGUAAACAACGACAGCGGUCGUAUUUGUUUAGACGCAGCCUAUGCAGAGCGUAAUAGGCGGCCGCGUGCAGAGUAUUAUUAUGAUGAAGUAUUUGUAGGAAGUGAUAAUCGUGCGCUCUUUCAAAAAGGAAUACAAGAAACUGUGCUUGCCACAAUGGAAGGAUACAAUGGCACUGAGUCACAACCUGGAGUUAUACCUCAAGCAGUCGAUACAGUUUUUCAAUACAUUAGUAAUUGCACUGAGAAAAGUUUUCUUCUUCGUGUGGCUUAUAUGGAAAUAUAUAAUGAGACAGUCAGAGAUCUGUUAUGUCCCGAAACAGGAGAAUUAAGAAUACACGAAGACAAAAAGAGAGGUGUGUAUGUCACUCCAUUAAAAGAAAUUGUCGUCUCAACGCCAAGGCAAGUUCUAAAAGCAAUAAACAGGGGCGAAGCGAAUCGAUCAACUGGUUCUACCGAUUGGAAUGAAAGAAGCAGUCGAUCGCAUACAAUAUUUCAAAUGAUAAUCGAAAGCACAGAUGACAUUGCAACAACGAAAUCUGCUCUGCAAAAACGGUACUCGGUCGGUGUUCCUAAAUUAGCUGGAGGCUCAGUGACAGUUUCCGUAUUGAACUUGAUCGACCUGGCUGGAUCUGAAAAAGCGGCUUCUUCCGCUGAUCGUCGAAAAGAAGGAUCGUUUAUUAACAAGAGUUUGUUAACUUUAGCGAGCGUGAUCUCAAAAUUAACAGACAAUAGUGGUGGUCACGUUCCAUUUCGAGAUUCAAAGUUGACUCGAAUCCUCCAGAACUCUCUCAGUGGAAAUGCGCGCGUGGCUGUCAUAUGUACAAUAUCUCCUGCUGCACUCAACAGCGAAGAAUCGACGAAUACACUGAAAUUCGCAUCAAGGGUGAAAAAAGUUGUUACCAAAGCUCAGACAAAUCAGGUUAUGGAUGAUAAUGCUUUGAUUAAGAAAUAUAAGGCUGAAAUUGAUGAAUUAAGAGCUCAAUUAGCCACAACCGAGAACAAGAUUAAGAGUAGUGACGACGCCGAGUCAUUUGAACGCGUAGGUGCACUCCGACAGGCGAUCGUAUCAGAACGACGAAAGCAUGAAGAAGAGCAGAAAGAAUGGCAGCUCACUCAAACUGCUCUUAAAGAGCGUAUUGAUCAUCUCACCAAGUUGAUCUUGACAAAUGAAUCUUUUGUGCAGAAAAAAGCUAUUAUUGAACCUAAGCGACAAGAAGAGCCCCUAAAACAGAAAAUAGCCAUAUUGGAAUCCGAACUCUCCCAAAAGAAUAAUCUCAUUAAAAAACUUCAAUCUCAAGUUUCGUCCGCACACCCAAGUCUCGUAUCCACUGAUGUGCAAAAAUCACGCGACGAGAUCAAAAAGUUUUGGCAUAAAAUGGAAGACAAACUCCGUAACGUGCUGCUUCUAGAGUUAAACCAGUCACCUUCACCAAAACAAAAUUCUGAUCUUCGGAAUUCUCGCGCAGAGUAUGAAAAACUAAGCUCCGAAAUGGAGAAUCAUGUGUUUACUCUGGUCUCGCGUGAGUCAAAUCCACUUCGAGCUACUGAAACUGAACUUGAAAUGCUCAGAGCCGAAAAUUUGCGCUUAUCAAGACAAGUCAAAGAACAAGAAUCGGCUAUUGUGGCAUUCGAAAGCGAAAGAAUAAACGCAUCUCUCAAGACGACGGAACAACGCACAAGAGAUGAGACAAGAGCUGAACAGAGCGACUUGCGUAGGCAGAUUGAAAUUGUGAAAUCGGAGAAAGAAGCUCUAAGAAAAAAAUUACAAGAUCAGGAACGCCUAAUGACCGAAUAUCAGGAAAAAAUAGAAUCGCUCGAGACAGAGACCAAACAAGCAAAGGGACACUCACGUAGUGGUAGCAAUAAUGGAGUUCAAGCUGAAUAUAGCAAAACCAUACAACGUCAACAACAAAUCAUCAAGACACGUGAUCAGGAAAUUCGAUCCAAAGAAGCCACUAUAUCUGAACUCAAAGAGCAAAUCCGACGCAUGGGACUCAACCAAUUCGAAAGGUCAGCGCCGAGAUCUUACAUUAAAGAAGUCGUAUUAGAGCCGAAUCCUAACCCUAUCGAGUGGCUUAAGACAGGCAAUGAAACUGCAACCGUAUUUAAGGAUGAAUCAAAGGGUAAUUGUGCAGUGAUUAUUUACUGGGUUUGGUGGAUAAUGCCAUUUGUUGUGUUUCUUAUGUGUGUUCUUUCAUUUUUUGUUUCUAUAUCUAUGUCUUCUACUAUGAAUGAUAAUAUUUGGGCGAACAGUUGGUUGAGUUUAGCGCUCGACUGCUUGCCUGUGUAA